AUCGACAAGCUCAGGUCUUCCUAUUUUGGUCUUGUCUGGAGAGCUAGUGCAAGUGCUCUUGGGAGAAACUUGGGCCAGCGGCGGUCGAUUAGUCAGGCCUGAGAAAGAUGGCGUCCUCGGAGCAGGCAGAGCAGCCGAACCAGCCGAGCUCUUCUCCAGGAAGUGAAAAUGUGGUACCUCGAGAGCCACUGAUUGCCACAGCAGUGAAGUUCCUACAGAAUUCUCGGGUCCGGCAGAGUCCACUUGCGACCAGGAGAGCAUUUCUUAAGAAGAAAGGGCUGACAGACGAAGAGAUUGACCUGGCUGUCCAGCAGUCGGGCACGGCUACCGAUGAGCCUUCACCCCUGGGCCCAGCUACCCCAGUGGUUCCUGUCCAGCCCCCUCACCUCAUUCCGCAGCCAUACAGCCCCGGAGGUUCCCGAUGGCGAGAUUAUGGUGCCUUGGCCGUCAUCAUGGCCGGAAUUGCAUUUGGCUUUCACCAGCUCUACAAGAAGUACCUGCUGCCCCUCAUCUUGGGAGGCCGAGAGGACAGGAAGCAGCUGGAGAGGAUGGCAGCGAGUCUCUCGGAACUGAGUGGCAGCGUGGCCCAGACAGUGACUCAGGUACAGACAACACUGACCUCUGUGCAAGAGCUACUGAGACAGCAGCAGCAGAAGAUCCAGGAGCUAGCCCACGAGCUGGCCGCUGCCAAGGCCACCACAUCAACCAACUGGAUCCUGGAGUCCCAGAAUAUUAAUGAGCUCAAGUCGGAAAUCAACUCCUUGAAAGGACUUCUUUUGAAUCGGAGACAGUUCCCUCCCUCCCCGUCGGCCCCGAAGAUCCCCUCCUGGCAGAUCCCAGUGAAGUCUCCAUCACCCUCCAGCCCCGCGGCCGUCAACCACCACAGCAGCAGUGACAUCUCCCCUGUCAGCAAUGAGUCUACAUCAUCCUCUCCUGGGAAGGACAGCCACAGCCCUGAGGGCUCCACGGCCACAUACCACCUGCUGGGUCCCCAGGACGAGGGUGAAGGGGUGCUAGAUGUCAAGGGCCAGGUGAGGAUGGAGGUGCAGGGUGAGGAGGAGAAGAGGGAGGACAAGGAGGAGGAGGAGGAGGAGGAUGAUGUGAGCCAUGUGGAUGAGGAGGACGUCCUUGGGGUACAGAGGGAGGACAGACGGGGCGGCGAUGGGCAGAUCAACGAGCAGGUAGAGAAGCUGCGGCGGCCAGAGGGCGCCAGCAAUGAGAGUGAGAGAGACUAGGGCUGGCACUCGGCUGCCCGCCUUCCCAGUGCCCAGGACAUCAGAGCAGGUGGGCAAGAGCUGUGGCUCUGCCUCCAUGUGGGGGCGGAAACCCAGGUAGGGGUGGGGCUGUCCCUCAGUGCAGCCGUGUGAGCUGCAGUUGUGUUCACCAGCCUCCCAAACACGUCCCCAGCCCUAGCCAGCCCCACUGGCUCUGGCUGUCCACAAGCCAGGCAGAGGACUCAGGAGCUCUGCACUCACGCCCCACCGCCAAGCCCCCUUCUUGACUGGUGUCUUGUCUAGGUGUGUCCUCCGAGUAUACUGACCACCUGACACCAUGCAUGGCCAGAGCUCAUGUCAUCUCCUGCCUCUGUCACCUCAGUGCAGGGGAACUAUGGCCCCCUUGGUCUUGCUGUUUCCCCCCACUGUGCCCUGGCCUGGCUUGUGGCUUCUUCUUUGCUUGUUCCAAAAGCCAGGGCCCUGGGCCUGCUCUUCAUCUCGCCGGCCUGCCUUCCACAGCCGGGUCCUGGCUGACAGAUGCUGCCCUUGGGCACCUGUCCCCAGCCCACCUGCCCUGUUGUCACUAUACCACACAAGACGUCCUUGCUCGCUGUGUCGUGGUUCAGCUCCUCGGUGGUGAGACGUGCUUCUCCCUCCUGCAGUGGAGCCAGGCAGCAGGGCCUUCCUGACCAACAGCCAUGUCUGUCCUUCCACUGAGAAACACAUGUUCAUUUUUGUGAUCAUGUAUAGAUUUCAGAAUAUAAGAUAUGACUGUACAUAAUUGUAAUAAAUAUGAGUUGCCAUAUUUAA